CCUUGCUUCUCUCUCCCCACUCAUCUCUCUCAUCCCUCUACGCGUAUCAUCACAUCAACUUCUAUUCUCACAACUACCCACCCACCUCUCACUCAUAGCCCACCCCCACCAUCCACAGGGCUACUAGAGCCACAGAGGUCACACCUCGUCGUCGUCACUCAACCUCACCACCACCGACGUCACCUCACCUAUCGUCGCCACCCGCGCGCCAUGGCGUGGUUCAACCCUCUUACAUCGCCCUCGGCCGUCGAGUCACCCAGCUACCCCAUACAGCCUGGAACCAAGUACCUCCAUCUGACCAUUCUCGAUUCACAUGAUAAGAACACGGCACGCGACGUGACCAUCAACGAGCUUGUCCUGUCGCUUGCCGACGACAGUGACGCCUUCACCUCUAGCGUUCUUUCGCGCAGCCAUGCGCAGAUUGUCGUCGACGUCAACGGCCUGGUCGUCAUCCACGACCUCGAGAGCAUGCAUGGCACCAACAUUCAGGGGGCGUCGGGCAGCUUCCCGAUCACUGUUCCCUCUGGCCGCGCCUUAAGUCCUGGACGCUACGGCAUUCCCGAGUGGCUCCUUUACGAGUCUGACGCCGAGGAAGAUCUUCCACGCGGCAAGCCAACCGACGACAUGGGCGACCCUGCCAAUGAUGAGAUUAUCGUCAUCGAGGACGACGAGGACGUCGAGGACGUCGAGGACGUUGAGGACGUCGAGGACGGCAAUGCGCUCCCUGGGUCGUUCCAGUCCGUGGUUGUUGUCGAGCCAGUGAUUGUUGUGGACGACAAUGACAUCACUGUGAACGUUGAGCGCGUCGAGGACGUGCCGGCUCGUCCCAUCACCAACCUCGUCUCUGCUCCUACCAUCGACCUCACCUCAGUUUUAAGCGAGGCGGGUUACGCCGACAGCAACCGUGACGAGCGCAAGGACUAUGGCGAAGCCGACGACUUCAACGAGCGCGACGCGCACGUCUCAUCCGACCACUACGAGGACGACUACUAUGGCGACGACCACGAAGGCUCGGAUCACGACGAGGACGACCGUGUCUCGGACGACCGUGUCUCGGACGACCGUGUCUCGGACGGCUCGUCGCCGGACGGGGAGGACCGUGAGCCGUCUCCCGACCCCUACCCCGUCCAGCAGCCCCAGUUCAGCUUGGUCGAGCUCGAGAUUGCGUUCAACCAAGUCGCCGAGCAGGUGGCCGCCGAAGUGCAGGCCACGUUUGGCGACACCCUCGACCGUCUCUUUAACGACUUCGCCGGCGACCACGACGACAACUGUGACGUCGAGUCGAAUCAUGCGGCUGGAGGCAGCGAUCACCCGCUGGCCAGUAUCGCCGCCCCCACCAGCCCUGGCUUCUACCGUCCCGAUGCCCAUGGCGGCUACUAUGACGGCUACUACUCGGAGGGCCAUGAUGAGGACCAGGACGUGGUCGAGCAUGAGGAGGACGACGACGACGAGGAUGACGACUCGGACAAGGACUGGACUUCCGAUUCCGAGGCCAAGGGGUCGGACGAUGAGCACGACAGCAGCGAGGACGACUCGAUGUCUGAAGACGAGGAGGAGGAUGAGCACUACGACGACGACGUUGUGAAGGAGAAGACGGGCAUGGAUGUCGUUGUGUCGACGCCCGGCACCCAGGACAAGAGCGUCGGCGUGUCGUCCUACCACACUGCCACGGCGUUCCCAUCACCUCCUCUGUGAGCCGGCGAUGGCAACCCGGUUCACGCGCUCACGGUGCGUGAGCUCGUGGAGGCCGUGGAUACGCCGACGGUCACACGCACUGCGGGACUUCUGACGCCGCCGUCGACCCGCAAGCGGACAUUCGCGGCCAUGGAGGACGCCGAGGUCGAUGCGAUGGGUGCGACUCCCGACGUCUCAGUUGUUCUUGAGACCCCUUCCAAGACUACGUCUGUCAAGGCCGAGGCCCCUGCCACCGCGCCGGACAUCGAGGCGCCCGCGCGCCCCAUCAAACGCCAGCGCAGCCUCGCCGGCGACAUUGGCAUUCUCGUCCUCGGCGUUGCCAUUGGUAGCGUGGGCACGAUCGCGGGUCUCCUCCAGCUCGCGGGCGAGUGAGCCGGCGUGAGUGAACCCGCACGCGAGCGCGGGCGUACGAGCUGCGCUCGCCCUGCCGGUCGUUGUACAGCAAGUAUGUAAGGCACAAAGAUACCCUUGGAUGUGGUCGUAGCGUGUGUCUGGCCGUAUGAAUGUGUAUGAAAGUCAAGA